AUGGCACUCGUAGGCAUUGCUCGCCAUGUGAGCCGAUGCAGCCAGCACAUUCAGCUCUUCAAAGCUCCAGUCCGAGCCCUUCCUCGACUAGCCUACCUGCUCCGGGAAGGCCUUGCUGCUGAUCUGCGAGUCAAGCUUCGAUUGCCGCCACCUCUGGCGAACGCGGGCAAAGCUCUGCAAUGGGCCAAGAGUGUAGUUCGUGGGGUCUUGGACACGGGGCCCACUGUUCAUAAGAUUGGGUUGAGUGGCAAUCCACUGUUUCGCUUCUACAAGAAGCCCUCCGUUGCCUCUCCAUCCCCGGGUUACUACCACAGCGCAGACCGGUUUCAGGGCAUGUAUGUUCUGUUUGCUGGUUCUACUUGGGACGAGGCCUCUCUGAUGGAAGCUGUUCUGAUAUCUGAGUUUCGGGACACUGCUGGAAACCGCAAUGUCAACCCUGGGGGUGAGGGACGGCAAGUUUACGACCCGCCGUACUUCACAUAUUUUGUGUUCAAGUCGCUUAUGCGACCGGCCACAAGACGAUGA